CCCAUUUCUCUCUCAUACUCGCACACACGCUUAUAUCGUGAUCCCACAUCUCCGUUAUUUUUCUCUCUCUUUCCAAAACGGACUUUUCCUUCUCUUCUCCGCCAAAUCUUCUUCUCCUCCUCCGUCGUAUAGCGUCGCGUCUUCUCAAUCAAGCCCUAUCCCACGCUCUUCUUUCUUCCUGAAGCGAAAUUCAUUCUCCUUAGCUCCUUCCGCUCUGUUGCUUGGUAACAGCAUUCCCUGUUUGGUAGAAGGACACCUUGAAAUUGAAAAUUAGGGUUUCUGUUUAACCAUGAGGCUGCAAGAGGAGAUAGUACCCUUUCAUAGAAAUGGAAAAACAAGAGAAGACGAUGUUGAGGGAGAAGAGGAGGAUAUUUCAUCUAUAGACGCUGGGUUUCUUCCUCGUUCUCUCCAGAGGAAACUCGUUGUUGUUGGUUACGCUCUUACCUCCAAGAAAAUUAAGAGCUUCUUGCAGCCCAAGCUCGAGGGUUUAGCUAGGAAUAAAGGGAUCUUAUUUGUUGCAAUUGAUCAAAGCAGGCCCCUUACAGAUCAAGGUCCUUUUGACAUUGUGUUGCAUAAGCUGACUGGAAAGGAGUGGGGGCAAAUUCUCGAGGACUACAGAAGGACGCAUCCAGAAGUCACUGUUCUUGAUCCUCCAGAUGCUAUUCAACAUUUACACAAUCGCCAGUCCAUGCUUCAGUGUGUUGCUGAUAUGAAUUUGUCAAACCCUUAUGGGAGAGUUGAUAUUCCCAGGCAAUUAGUUAUAAAAAAAGAUGCAGCAUCCAUCCCUGAUGCAGUCAUGAAAGCGGGGCUGAUGCUACCCAUUGUUGCAAAGCCACUAGUUGCAGAUGGGAGUGCAAAGUCGCAUGAGCUGUCUCUUGCCUACGAUCAACUCUCACUUCAGAAACUUGAACCUCCUCUUGUUCUUCAAGAGUUUGUCAACCACGGAGGUGUUAUGUUCAAAGUGUAUAUUGUUGGGGAGGCUAUAAAGGUGGUCCGGCGCUUCUCUUUACCUGAUGUGUGUAAAAGAGAACUUGCCAAUAAUGCUGGUGUCUUCCGCUUUCCACGGGUUUCUUGUGCAGCAGCUUCUGCAGACAAUGCGGAUCUUGAUCCUGGUGUUGCUGAGCUUCCUCCGCAGCCCUUGCUUGAGAAACUUGCAAAGGAACUUCGUCGCCGAUUGGGUCUCCGGCUGUUCAAUUUAGAUAUAAUUCGAGAGCAUGGGACGAGAGAUCAAUUUUUUGUCAUAGACAUUAAUUAUUUUCCAGGGUAUGGGAAAAUGCCGGAAUAUGAGCAUAUAUUCACAGACUUCCUUUUGAGCCUGGGCCAGAGUCAAUACAAGAAAAGAUCCUCUUAUUAGCAACUACCGCUGGGACUGCUGAAUGACUUGCAAAAAAAAGUGCAGUACAUCAAAAAUCAUGAUGUUGCCUGAAUAAGUAUUUGCGGGAUGGGAGCCUUGUGCUUUGCUAAAACCAUGUACAGCAUAAUGUUAAUUCCUGCCAGCGGAUGGAGUGAGAGGAGAUGUUCAGAAACGCAGAAUGCUCCAAACCUUCAUCUUCUGUAACUACUGACUUGCUGGUAGGAUAAGUGUCUGCUUGCUUCUGAAGGAUCCUUGACACUCAUAGCUCCCUGGAAUUCUGCUGGAUUUGCUUAAUUUGUUUAUCUUACACAAUUAUUUUGUUGUUCCAAGGAGUUCUAUGAGCAGUUGGUGAAUUGUAAACAGAUCCCCUCCACCUUUUUAUUGUCGGUAUAGGCAUUUCUUUUGGGAGAGCAUCCCGCUGACAUGUAUUUAGCACUUGUACAACAAUACAUCUCACAUGUUUCGUCUAAUUCAAGUUUUGCCUUCAUAAAGA